AGCUGAAAGUUUCCACCCGGACAAUACAGAUGUUCGUACCAAAUGGUUGUGUCGCAGUUAAAGCAUUCCGGCUAAAGUGGGUUAAAGGUCCUUUAGACCGCAGUGACAGCAGGAGCCCUUCAUCGGUUCUCUCAGAGAGAAAGUAGCGCAGAGCGGGAAGUAAAAAUGGCCAAACAGCCGCAGCCGAUCAGCCCGAUGAAGAACUUCUUCGCUGGAGGUUUCGGAGGCGUUUGCCUGGUUUUCGCCGGGCAUCCGCUGGACACCAUCAAAGUGCGCCUACAAACUCAACCUAAACCAAAACCCGGAGAGAGCCUCUUAUAUGCUGGAACCUUGGAUUGUUUUAAAAAGACCUUAGCCAAAGAGGGUGUGAAAGGACUCUAUAAAGGAAUGGCAGCCCCAAUAAUCGGCGUCACGCCCAUGUUUGCCGUCUGUUUCUUUGGGUUCGGACUGGGCAAGAAGCUACAACAGAGGACGCCUGACGAUAUCCUUACGUAUCCACAGCUGUUUGCUGCUGGGAUGUUAUCGGGCGUUUUCACCACAGCCAUCAUGACUCCUGGAGAGCGCAUCAAAUGUCUCCUACAGAUUCAGGCAUCGUCAGGAAAGGUGAAGUAUGCAGGGCCGAUGGACUGUGUUAAGCAGCUGUACAAAGAGUCUGGGAUCCGAGGAAUUUACAAAGGCACAGCUCUGACCCUCAUGAGAGAUGUCCCAGCGAGCGGCAUGUACUUCAUGUCUUACGAGUGGCUGAAGAACCUCCUCACACCUGCAGGGAAAAGGCUUAACGUGGAGAUCCCGGCCGGCCUGAAGGAGCUGCUGCAGGGCUACACGGUGGAGGUGCUGCGCCGCAGGCCUCCCAACCUGGUGGAGUUCGCCGUGCAGCAUUUCACACGAAUCCUGGAGAAACAAAAGAACGAGCAGCAAGCCAGGAAGAACAGCAGCAAGCCCGCCGCCAAGGAGGUCACGCUUGAGACGGCGUCAAACAAAUCUAACGAAAACGACGAAGAUGAGGAGGUGAAGGAGGCUCCCAAGGCCAGGACUGGGAGAAGUCGCAGAGUCGCAGUUUGUGCAGAAGCUUAUGACCCUGAUGACGAUGCGGACGACAACACCGAGCCUCAGGUCGUGCAUCCCAAGACAGAAGAGCAGCGCCAACGGCUUCAGGACGCGUGCAAGGACAUUCUGCUGUUCAAGACUCUGGAGAAGGAACAAUUCUCUGAAGUUCUGGACGCCAUGUUUGAGGUUUUGGUCAAACCUCAGGACCACAUCAUCGACCAGGGAGACGACGGGGAUAAUUUCUACGUCAUAGACAAAGGUGUGUACGACAUCUUCGUGGCGAAGGACGGUGUGAACGUGUGUGUGGGAAAGUACAACAACAAGGGCAGCUUUGGGGAGCUGGCCCUCAUGUACAACACGCCGCGAGCCGCCACCAUCGUAGCGACAGAGGAGGGCGCUCUGUGGGGCCUGGAUCGAGCCACGUUUCACAGGCUGAUUGUGAAAAACAACGCCAAGAAGAGGAGGACGUACGAGGCCUUCAUCGAGUGUGUGCCUCUCCUGAACUGUCUCGAGCUCUCUGAGAGGAUGAAGAUUGUUGAUGUUUUAGGAGCGCGAACGUUCAGCAAUGGAGAUCGCAUCAUAGCACAGGGCGACAAAGCUGACUGUUUCUACAUUGUGGAAUCAGGGGAGGUGAAGAUACUGAUCAAAACCAAAACGAAGGCGGGGAAGCAGGACAACACAGAGGUGGAAGUGGCUCGUUGCUCCAGGGGGCAAUACUUUGGAGAGCUGGCGCUGGUCACCAACAAACCCCGCGCAGCGUCCGUCUACGCUGUGGGAGAAACCAAAUGUUUAGUAAUUGACAUCCAGGCCUUUGAGCGCCUGCUGGGUCCCUGCAUGGACAUCAUGAAGCGGAACAUCUCCCAGUACGAGGACCAGCUGGUGGCGCUGUUCGGCUCCAGUGACGAUUUGAAACACUAGGACUGGACCCGAACCAGCGAGUGAACGCUUGUAUGACGUAGCCGCUUUCUGGCCCCUCUGAGGCGCAUUUAGUGCACAAACUGUUCCCC